CACAGUGUAACAUUCUUCACGUUGAAGGUUUGGCUUGUCCAAUAGAAUCACCGAGUAGGACAAAGAGGCAGCAAACAAAGUCAGAAUCGUUAAGCCUGUCCCUGCACCCCACUGUGGCGAAGAGACCCGGCGUCCUUGAUUUGAGGCUUCAUGCCUCGAUGUAGCUUGAGAACACAUAUAAGUGCACCUACAUCGGUCUUUCAGGAACGAGAAAACAAUCUGUCAUCAACAACGGCUCCAAGAAAGAUACUAGAGCUGAUCCCGGCUCACAGUCCUGCAUACUCGACCACGCUCAUACUGAAAUCGCAAUCUCACGCCCCGACAAGAUCUCGAAGUCCACCUCCACUUGUAUGUCAGACAUGACAGGGUCAAAUGAUAUGACGGACACGGACGCGAGCAAGAAAGAAACUCGGUUCAUCUUGUUCAUGCAAGUGCGAGACAUGAAAGAAACAUAUAGCAAGCGUCACCUCAUGAUGGAACGGAGAAACCGUGAACCCAUGUCAGAUAUAACAAAUUACCACGCAGUCUAUCUCCGCCCGACCUACGACUUCAGAAAGAUAUUCGAUGAACGGGCAGACAGACAGGUGCUGGUAUCAGCUGCGAUCGGGUAUCCGGAGAUGACGGAGGGUGCCAUGCAGGACGUUGAUCAAGAACAACUUUAUGACGUAUUUCUCUUCUACAGAGACAUGGAAGGCACGGAGCAGCCCUCAAGCGAUACGCUUUACCAUAUGCAUCAUAUUACGAUGAUGUAUAAAAGCCUCGCCGCCUUGCGCAAUCUGCACACCAAACCUGAGGAGCAGGCUAAUGCUACAGUGGUGAAUCAACGCAAAUACACGACUACUCCAAGAUACAGCGACUACGACGCGCAGUUCCCAUACGAGCUAUCCGGCUUUGAGCUCAGGACAACCUACGUCGAUGUCGAAAAGAACGAACAAGAUGUAAGAUGGUGGGCUAGUGCGGAUGGCUUCCCGUAUAACACCCAGUUCGAAGCUGACUUAGUCGAAAUGCUGCUCACCCAGGUUAGAGCUGUGUGUUUCCGAGUCACUUAAAUCUACUUCGAGGGUAAGAACGAUGCUACCUAUAGGGUACCGGGGUGACCAGAGGUCCCAGAGGUUCCACUAUCCAACAAAAAAAAACCCUCAAACGUUUAGCACAGUAUAGUGAUCGUCAAUCUUCAAUAGAAGACAUAACGACGUCUAUGUCAUUGUUAUCGAUUUCUUCAUCAUGAUCAUGACUC